CCAGUUGUUGGCCCCUCACAUUGCAAAGUCUGCACGGGUAAUUGUUAUGGCUCUGACAUCAUCCCUUCUCGACCCUUUCACAUUUCUAACACCUUCCCAAAUUAAAAUAUUUUGUUUUGAUUCCACCUUGUUCUCAUAAUGUCAUUACUUUGAAGAUUUGUGAAUUAAAGUUGAUCUAAAUGUGUAAAUUAGUUUUGUUGAAUAGAUGACUUAAUAGAAAAAUAUUAAUUUUUUCCAGGAAUUGAGGAGCAAAUUCGUGAAAUCCAAGCAAUGAAAGCUGGUAUAACAGCUACCAGACAUGAAAAUGGAGAUGGAGGAGUUCCUUUAGUUGCUUCAUCAGGUUCAUACAUGGAUGAAGAUAUUUAUGGGAGUGGUAAAACUAAAUUUGAGGAUUAUGUAACAUCUAUCGCAGCCAAUGACGAAGCUGAAGCAGAUGAUGAUGAUUAUGAAGCAACUACUCUCGUUCAAAACAAACGUGCUACCUAUACAGCUCCAACAUCUUUCUUAAAUGAACUUGUUACUACAGAUAAGGUAUGUAUGCAUUGUUAUAAAUUUUUAUUUAACCUUGAAAGUAAUUAAGGGCUUAUAUAUAUAAUUUUAUGUAGAAAAUGAAAGCAGUCUCACU